AGUAGGCUGUCGCUAAUGUUGUCAGGUAGCGCAGUUAAAAUACUGUAAUAAUUAGUUAUCGUCGGUAAAAAUGUGUUUUAUGUAUGCUGUACGUUAAAGGGGACUUCCACGUGCCACAGCAAAUGCUUCUGUGACUAUGACUGUCCAUCGCUCACCGGCUCUAAGCUUUCCGCAGAGCCGAGCAGGAGUGCAGCGCCGCCGGGGAAGAUGGCCUCAGUUUCCACUAAUACGCAGAGCAGAGUUUGGUGGUGAAUCCUGGAGGGUUUAGGGUUUCCUCACAGUGUUUUCCUCCCUGAACACGAGAAGAUACCCUGUAGGAGAGGUCGCUUUUUGUCUACUACAGGACAGACUGCACUGCGUGAUGCAGAUCAGAGUCCAAGAGUUGACAUCCUGCUGCCAGGAGGACAUCUUAUGUUGGACUGUUUGUAUUCAAUCCCUGGAGGAGUUCAACUGUAAUGUCUACAAUGAUCUGACGGCUGUAAAGUGAGGCAAACAUUAGCAGAAGUCACCUGUCGUCGCCAUCUAAUUGGCUGUCUGCGCGGCACAUGAUGGCCAAUAACAACGAGCUACAAAGUGAUCCAGGCGGGCUGUCGGUGCUCCAGCAGCUUGGUCUGGACCAAAACUCUGACUUCUCAGACUCCAGCGUGCAGCAGUGCCUGGACGAGCACCGCGAGAGGAUCCGCAGGGAGAUCCGCAAGGAGCUGAAGAUCAAGGAGGGUGCGGAGAAUCUACGCAGGGCCACCACCGACAAGAGGAAUGCCCAGCAGGUGGACUCGCAGAUCCGCAGCUCCAAGCGCAAGCUGGAGUCCCUCCAGGCUCAGCUGCAGGAGCUAGACGCACACAUCGUGGUCAAAGGCCCAGAUGACAACAAAGAUGCCCCUAAGUCUCCGGGGGCGCUCAAUCGGACGUCGGCCAACCAGCGACGCAUCGCAGCUUUGGAGCGGCAGCUAAACAUUGAGCUGAAGGUCAAACAGGGAGCAGAGAACAUGAUUCCAAUCUAUGCCAAUGGAGGUACCAAGGACAAGAAGCUUCUCCAGACGGCUCAGCAGAUGCUGCAGGACAGCAAGACAAAGAUAGACAUCAUCCGCAUGCAGAUCCGAAAGGCCAUGCAGGCCACGGAGCAGUCUGAGGACAACCAAUGUAAGCCGGACAUGUGUGGGGCGGAGCUGCGCGUGGAGGAGCUGUGGCAUCACUACCGUGUGGAGCACGCCAUGGCCGAGGGAGCCAAGAACAUGCUGCGACUGCUGGGUGCAGGAAAGGUCCAAGACAAGAAGGCCAUGGCUGAGGCUCAGUGUGGUCUGGGCGAGUCGUCCCAGCGCCUGGACCUGGUCAGGUGCUCUCUGGAGCAGAGGCUGCAGGAGCUCCCCGAGGAUCAUCCCAAGGCCUGCCUCAUCAAGGAGGAGCUCGUGCUCGCCACUUCCUCCGCUUUCAGCUCCCGCCACAGCACCACUUAUGUCCACAACCAGUACAGCACCAUGAGCAAACCAUCACCCCUCACAGGUACUCUUCAGGUGCAUCUUCUGGGCUGUGUGGGGCUGCUGGAGGUCGUCCCAGGGCGGAGCAGAGGGACCCCGGUGGUUCUUCCCUCGUAUUCCGUGGGAGACGGGCGCUCCUCGUUCAAACUGAGUGGCCUCUACAGCCGCAGCACCAGCAGCAUGAGCCUCAAGAUCCCCGGCAAGAACGAAGAGCUCUCCUCGGAGGUGAGCGCAGUGCUGAAGCUGGAGAAUACAGUGGUGGGUCAGACGGUGUGGAGGACAGUUGGAGAGCAGGCCUGGGACCAGACGUUCACUGUGGAGCUGGAGAGAUCCAGGGAGAUGGAGAUUGCAGUGUACUGGAGAGAUUACCGCUCCCUAUGCGCUCUGAAGUACCUGAAGCUGGAAGAGUUCCUGGACAACCAAAUUCAUCGAGUCAAGCUGGAACUGGAGCCACAGGGGCUGCUGCUGGCUGAGGUGAUUUUCUUCAACCCAGUAAUAGAGAGAGGCCGAAGACUCCAGAGGCAGAAGAAAGUCUUCUCUAAACAGCACGGUAAAGCCUUCCUGCGUGCUCGUCAGAUGAAUGUGGACAUUGCUACCUGGAUCCGUCUGCUGAAGAACGCCAUCCCCAGUGGGAGCAACACACCUGCCUACAUCCCCAACACACUCACACACAGCUCAGGAGAAAUCUCAGUGGAAAAGCUGAAUCUGGGCAGCGACUCUCCUCCCAAAGCAGAAAUCAGGAGAGACGUAGUGGAGGCACCCGCUCCCUCGGAACAGACGCCCGUUAUUGAGCCCCCGUCUACGCCGGAUGUCCCUGAACAGCCAACCAGAUCGCUGUCCCAGAACUCUUUACGCAGACCAAGCAGCGGCCCUCUUUGCCUGCAGGACUUCAAACUGGUAGCAGUGCUCGGCAGGGGCCACUUUGGGAAGGUGUUGCUGUCAGAGUACAACAGGACAGGCAGCCUGUACGCCAUCAAAGCCCUGAAGAAGGGAGACAUCGUAGCGAGGGAUGAAGUGGAAAGUCUGAUGUGUGAGAAGCGGAUCUUUGAGACCGUCAACGGCUCCCACCACCCCUUCCUGGUCAACCUGUUUGCAUGUUUCCAGACGCCAGAACAUGUGUGUUUUGUCAUGGAGUACACGGCAGGAGGAGACCUCAUGAUGCACAUACAUGCCGACGUCUUUACUGAGCCACGUGCUAUGUUCUACUCGGCUUGUGUGGUCUUGGGUCUGCAGUUCCUUCACGACCAUAAGAUUGUGUAUCGGGAUCUUAAAUUGGACAACCUGCUGCUCGACACACAGGGUUUUGUGAAGAUAGCCGACUUUGGGCUCUGUAAAGAAGGUAUGGGCUUUGGGGACCGGACGAGUACAUUCUGUGGGACUCCGGAGUUUCUGGCCCCGGAGGUGCUGACAGACACAUCCUACACCAGAGCGGUCGACUGGUGGGGGCUCGGGGUGCUCGUUUAUGAGAUGUUGGUCGGUGAGUCUCCGUUCCCAGGUGACGAUGAGGAGGAGGUUUUCGACAGCAUAGUGAACGAUGAAGUGCGCUACCCUCGCUUCCUCUCCACCGAAGCCAUCGGCAUCAUGAGACGGUUGUUGAGGAGGAAUCCCGAAAGACGUCUGGGCUCCGGAGAGAAGGACGCCGAAGAGGUCAGAAAGCAGCCGUUCUUCAGGGGUAUGGACUGGGAGAAUCUUCUUCAGAGGAAGGUCCCGCCCCCGUUCGUCCCGACCAUCGGAGGUAAAGAAGACGUCAGCAACUUUGACGUGGAGUUCACAGCCGAGGCUCCCGCCCUCACGCCGCCCCGCGAGCGCCGCACCCUCUCACACAAGGAACAGGACCACUUCAAGGAUUUUGACUACGUCUCUGACCUCUGCUAGGGUCAGGGGUCACGGGGAUAUUAGCUGCCCACUGCCAGCCACAGACUCUGAAAGGAGCAGUGGGAUCGCGUGUUGCACACAUACGCGGUGUCACAGAUCUACUGACCUCCAGAGGUCUGCAGAUCCGUGACACCUGCUUUCAGAGCAGAGGAAGUGGUGGUGGUGAUGAUGAUGAUGAAAAAUAAUCCAGAUUGUGUAACAAAUGGGAGAUGAGAUGAUGGAUCCUGCUGUUCGUCCAACACAGUGAAGCAAAUAAAAGAAUCGGUGAUGAAGUGCUCAGAGAACCUCCGGGUCCGAAGUGAUUCUUCUGACCGUCUCUGCUCUCGCCUCUUGUCCCUCUAUCUCUGCUGUUUGUUGCUGCUAAGUGUGUGUUUCGUUGUGUAAGGUGUCCCUGCCUCAGUCAUGAACGUAUCCGCAUCAGCUGCACCACCUGUACAUGAACACACGGGGGAGCCAGAGGAAGGAAGAAAGUUCCGAGCUGCUGUCUGACCAUUGUGUCACAAAAACAAGUAGAGCACGUGUGAGUAUCAGCGGAGAGGGAGGGAGUCAUGUGCUGUGUGUGUCUGCUCAACCUCACAGAGGACCCCUCCUCAUCGUCUUCUCCUUCCACUGUCUUUCGGUACAACACAGAUUUUUAACUACAAUCAUUUUUCAAUGACAAAAAGCUUUUACAAAUAUUGUUCUUUUUUUGUGAUUUAUAGUUUUCCUCCCCGUCUGUUUCCUUCUCUGUCAUUUGCUGGUGAAAUGUGUUGGAACUGUGACUCAGUAAAGAUGUGAACCCAA